AGUAGCUUUUGAAUAAGAUCAAAUAAUUUCUUGCAGUCGUCAGUAAAUAAUUACCCUUUGAACGAUGGAGGCACAUAAUAUAUUUCUUAUGAUUUACUUGCUCGCAUUUCAGAUGCUUGACUUGAAUGCAUUUCACUUAGACGGUGUCAAGAAAGAUGGAAAAAACCUAAAAUCCGUUCAUAGCCCAUACGAAGAACCGUUCCAUACUACCACUUCAACCGAUACGAUUUCGUCUAGUCCUAAUGUAUCAGACAGCAAACCGCUUUCAAGUGCAAAAUCAAACGCCGAUAAGCCUCAUAUUAAAAUUACUGACGAAACGAAAGUUCAAGAUCAUGACAAACCAUGGCCUACAGCGAAAAAUACAGUUUCUGAGAAGUCUUCAAAUGUACUAAAAAUAGGCAGCCAUCCGAAACGACAGUCAAUCAAUCAUCCGACGUGGCAUAAGGUUUUGAAGGAACCACACAGAUUCAGUACAUUCGAAAACAGUGGAGAAAAUGGUUUACACGGAUUCGAUGUUGUUGUGGUCGAUAUUCCAUCGAGCUAUUCUAGAAUGCGAUGGGAGAAACCACGAGAAAAUAGUUUCGCUACGCCAUCGCUUCGUUAUGCUCCAAUCACUCGUUCGCCGUCAAUAUUUGACCUGUUGUUGGGGUUGGAUUCAAUUUCGGAAAACGUGCUGACUGAACCAGCCGGAAUGGGAGAUGAAGUAUACUAUCAGCAAAGUUCGGAUAAUCCUCCAUGGAAUCGUCAUUUAUCGUUUGAUAGGCUAUUAAAUCCAACUGUUACCCAACAAAAGGCAAUGAAUGGGAACAGAUUUUCAAAAGAUGUGAGUUUGGCCAAUUUCUUCGGCAAAUCAGCUGAACCGGCUAAGAACUGUACAUGUAUCUGCGAGGAGCGAAAGAAAUUUCCCUAAGCCAUCGACAGCAUUAUUUUAAAUAAAUUUUAAAGACGCAGAGUCGUCUAUCACUUGAACA